GAUCAUCAUAAACUCAUACACACCGCACUGGACAUCAUGGACGCCGCAAAGGACAACGCCAACCCGACCAUCAAGAACCCUUUUGAUCUGCCAUCGCGACCUACAGGAAAGGACCGCACCAAGCCACAGGGCAUCUUCGAUGCUCUAGUACCCGCAUAUCCCAGUCUGGCAGAUCCUGCCUCGCCACCAGAAGUGCUCUCCGACCUGUCCGACUCUGCCUCCGAAGACGAACGAGAGGAAAUCGACGAGCAGGAAAUCUACGAUCUCAUCUCCACCAUCACCGAUCCCGAGCAUCCGCUCACCCUCGGCUCGCUCGGCGUCGUGAACCUGGACGACAUCAAGAUCUUCCCACCUUCCUCGCCGCGGUCGCGCAUCAGCUCUGUGCGGGUGUUGAUCACUCCCACGACCACUGCGUGCUCUUUGACGACGGUCAUCGGAUUGGGCGUCAAGGUCCGCCUGGUCAAUGCCCUGCCACCGCGCUUUCGAAUCGAUGUACGCAUCAAGGAAGGCACUUCUUCAUCUGCCGACGAGGCCAACAAGCAGCUGGGCGACAAGGAGCGUGUCGCUGCCGCCAUGGAGAACCGCAAUCUGAUCAACAUGGUGAAUCACAUGCUGUCUUCGUGCGAGCAGUGAAUGUGGUCAUGAUCUUGAUUCGCUGAGCGCCGCUGGCCGAGACGAGGCAUUACAUGCUAUUCCUGCUAGCAACGACAAUUCGCUAUCGGCCAUCGU